AUGAAUCGCGGCGGCCUGCGACUUGGGCCUACUCGCUGCGAGGCGGCGCCAUCCCCGCCGCCAGGAGGGCCGGUGGGAGGUGGAGGCGGAAGCGGUGGAGCGAGCGACAGCCUGAAGCGGGCCGCACGGGAGUUCUUCUCAACGAACCAAGGGCACCACCGCGACCACCACCAGGGGGUGCACUUCCCAGCUAGCAGCAGCACCACGCCGCACAGCGCGGCCACGCCUGCUGCUGCGCCCAUGGACAGCCAAGUCGAAGACGCGGUUUCCAGUGCUUAUCGCAAGAAGGUCGUGAAAGAGAGUCGCACCUCUCGAGGAAGCUCCUCGUCUAUUGGGACUCCUACCACCGCUGGUAUCACCAGCAGUAUUGAUUACUUGGUGCGGGAUGAGGACCUGGCGUGGUCCGCGCUGAUUGGGCGGCUGGCGAACAGCGACGGAGCGAGUGAUGGUGACAGCCGGGGGUUGGCAGCAGCCGUGCUGGACGCAGCGGCACUCCUGCCCGAGAUUGCAGCACUGCGUGUGGACGCCGCUGCUGCAGCCGCCGACAGGCUGCCUCUCCUCCUCCUUGACAGCGGCGUUGGUGCCGCUGGCAUGGCGGGCCCUGCUACAACCACUGCCGCCGCUGCUACAGCCACUGCUGCUGUUGUGAAAGCAGCGCUGGUCAAUGGAAAGUCAAGCAAGUCAACCACUGUGGCGCCCAACUCUGUCAUCGAGCAGUCGUCCCUCACUAAACUUGAAGCUGCUUCUGCUGGUGACAGCGAUGCUGCAGGACGCACCGCCCUGGUGGAGAAGAUACUGCGAGAGCAGCCAGACGUGGGGCAGCUGUACCUGCUCAUCCAGCCGCGGGGGGACACCACCGCGCACCAGCGCCUCGCCUCCCAGGUGAUUCCAUCGGCCAUUUUUGGGCAUCUGAAGCAGCGGUACGGCGAGGGCUACGAGGCGUUCAUGAGCAGCAAGCUGACGGCGGUGGACGGCAACAUAGGCGAGGAGAACCUGGGUCUCAGCGUGGUCACCAGUGCUGCUCUGGCGGAUAAAGUGGAUCUCAUCAUCAACUCCGCUGCCACCACUGACUUUGACGCCCGGUACGACGUGGCACUGAACAUCAACACGCUGGGCCCCCGGCGACUGUUGGCCUUCGCCAAGCAGUGCCGCCACCUGCAGCUGCUGCUGCACGUGUCCACUGCGUACGUGAACGGCAAGCGCAAGGGGCAGGCCAUGGAGCGCCCCUUCGCACCCGGGGACACCAUCGCAGCGGAGAUGCUCGCACAGGCCGCACACUCCCCUGCUGCCUCUGCUGCGGCUGCUGCAGCAGCAGGCAUUCCCGCGCUAGACGUGGACGGGGAGGUGGCGUUUGCGCAUAAGGAGCGCGCGGAAGUGGAGGCGGCGGCAGUGGCGAGGGGUGCGGGCAAGGACGAGGUGCUGGCUGCUGUGAAUGCACACAUGUCCGCCCUGGGCCGCGCCAGGGCGCAGGUGUUUGGGUGGCAGGACGCGUACGUGCUGUCCAAGGCCAUGGGGGAGAUGACACUGGGGGAGCAGCGCGGGGGAGCGCAGGUGGGGGAGGAGGAGGGGGGUGCAGGGGUGGUGCCCGUGGUGGUGGUGCGGCCGAGCAUAGUGGAGAGUGCGUUGUGUGAGCCCAUGGCAGGGUGGAUGGAGGGCAUGCGCAUGGCAGACCCCAUCCUCAUGGCAUAUGGCAAGGGUGCCAUGGCUGGCUUUCUUGCCGAUGGAGUGGCUGACAUUAUCCCAGUGGACUUCGUCGUGAAUGCCAUCUUGGCCGUCGCUGCCGACAAUGCCAAGCUGCCCCCACAGGCACCCCACGGCACCACCAUCAGCGCCACCGCCACCACCUCUGCGUCUGCCUCUGGGUACUGCCUGCCUCGUGUGUACCACGUGACAACCUCAGCGGCUAACCCUCUGCAUGUGAAGACCAUUGCCGAUGCUGCCACUGACCAUUUUGCUGCCAAGCCCAUGAAGCAGAAGGAUGGCUCGCCCAUUUCUGUCGCUCCGGCUAGGGUCUUCAAAUUCCCCAUGCUGUUCCUCCUGGACCUCUGGAUCCGAUACCAGCUCCCCAUGCUGGGCUCACAGCAGCAGCUGCGAUUCAACAGUGCGCGGGCCGUGCUCCUCACCUCGCCUCCUCUGGCUGCUUCCGUCCUGUCGGUUGAGGAACGCCUACGAAGGAGGGGAGAGGGACUUGACGAUACGCGCAAUCCUGCUCAUCGUUCGCCCUCGCACCGCAUAUCUGAGGACGGGUCGCCGCAGUUAGCGGUAGAGCUGCCUCUCGCGCACCUGUCGGACGCGGUCGCGGUGACGCUGGGCGAGUUCCUGGCGACGGCGUGUCCAGAGCUGCAUAUCGUGGACGUCAGCAGCGCAGACGCGGUACCCACCGUGAGCGGCCACGGCAUUCUCUUCCUGCUGCGCGCCGUGGGACCGCACCUGCAGCACGCCAACCUCUCCAACAUCCCGCUCGGCCGCGAGGCCUUCAGAGAUCUGUUCCAGCGCGGGCUGAACGCGCGCAGCCUGUGCUUCUCCUUCUGCCGCGUGCGCAAGCUCGACUUCGUGGGCGCGUUCCCGCGCCUGCGCUCCCUCGUGCUGGACCACAACCCCGCCAUCACGUGCCUCCCCGACGGCUGCUUCUCCAACGCGCCGUCGCUCACGUCGCUCUCGCUCUGCGCCACGGGCAUCUCGAACCUCUGGACCACUGUCGCCGCGCUAGCCAAGCUCCCCCUCUUGACGCAGCUCCGCUUUCAGCGGUGCAUGUGCUGCCGCGGCGACACGUCCGCGUGCGCGGAGCUUGCAGCGGGGCUGGCUGGCGAUGCCGCGGACGCGGACGAGGGCGCGCGGAGGGAGGUGGCGAGAGCAAAUGCUGGUGAUGGUGGUGCUGAUGAUGCUGGUGCUGGUGUUGGUCAACGGGAUGAGGACGUGGUGGAAAUACGGGCGUGGUUGGGCGAGGAAGAGGGGAACCUGGAGAACUUGGUGCGGGAGGGUAUGGAGAUGGAUGAGGUCAUGCGCGAGUGGGAAGCGCAGGGGCAGGCGGAGGGCGCUCUAGAUGCUGCGCUGGACUUGGCUGAGCAAGUAGGCAUGGGGUUCGGUGGCCCGGGGGAUGAAGAGCUCGGUAUGGUUGGCGAUGAGGACUUGAGGGGCGCGCAGGGUGAGGAGGAGGAGGAGGAGGAGGAGGAGGAGGAGGAGGAGGAGGAGGAGGAGGAGGAGGAGGAGGAGGAGGAGGAGGAGGAGGAGGAGGAGGAGGAGAUGUUUGACGGGGAUGCGAGUGAUGAGCGUCCAGAGGAAGAGGAGGAGAGCGACGAGGACGAGGAAGAGAGAGAACGCAGGGAUGGUGAGUUUCGCCACGUGGGCAUGCCAUGGCAGCAGGUUCUGUCUCGUGAAGCGAGGGGACUGAGGCAGGGAGGUGGAGAGCAGCAGGACGCAGCAGAAGCAACAACCGCGGGGAAUAAUGGCGGUGCAACAGGCGCGGGAGCUGAGGGUCUUGGCCCCAGAGCAGUCCCUCUGGGCCCAUCACCGCGCAUGCGUCCCGGUCGCCUUCACCAGCAUCAACCUCUGUUUCGGCCCAUUCCUGCUGUCCGCACUGCUGCUGCUGUGCCAGGUACAGGGGCCGCACAAGGCACGGGUCUGUUGGCCGAGCAACGGGGGGUGCUAACAGCAGCGGCACACGGAGCAGGGGAACAGACAGCAGGGACAGCAGCAACUGCCAGCGCGGACCCAGCAGGUCUGGGUGGGGCUGCAGGAGGCCCGUACGCCGCAGCGUCCAAUUUCCUGCACCACUCGUCGCCCAUCUGCCAUGUGCCGCACUACCGUGCGUUUGUGCUGUCGUCCCUGCCGCAUUUGGACGUUCUAGAUAACAUGGCGGUGAGGGAAGGCGAGCGCGCACAGGCGGAGGGCGAGUGCGAGAGCAGCUUUGAGCCGCUGCCGUACGGGCUGGGCAGCAUUGGUAACGUCGUGCACCUGCUGAGACGCAGAGAGAUCCGCGCCCCGCUCAGAGCACUCGCCUCUGUUGCUGCCCGCCCACUUCCCAGCCAGCAAAGCGUUUCCAAGGAAAAAUUGCCUCCUGUUGGUGCUGUAACUGGUACUGCUGUUGCUGGUGGUGGGGCUGUUGCUGGUGGUGCUGCUGUUGCUGCUUCUGCUGCCGCCACACCCGUCAUUGCGUCUUACACAGCAUCUUCUGACUGCGUGACUGGCAGCAGUGGCAGGCCUGCGGGAGGCGCAGCAACGGAGGAGCUGGUGGGGGGACAGCAACGGCAGCAAGACAGGGUCGCGGGCGUAUUGGGCAGUGGGAGCGGGGAUGGUGCUGACAGCCAACGAGUGGGGCAGACCGACAUGGAGUAUUCGUCGCAUGAUAGCGAGGGUGACGAAAAUGGUGAUGGCGAUGAUGGUGACGAGGAUGGCGGUGGUGCAGGGAGAGGCAAUGCGCGGUGUUGUGGGAAGGGCAAAGCACCUGUGGAGGAGCAGGACCCAGAAUCCGCCUCUGCACGUCUGUGGCGUGCUACAGCCGGAGCCAAGGGCGGUAGUGUGGAGGGCUACAGGCGCGCUCUAGGAGCCAACCGAGUGGGCUGUAGCAGCUGGCCCGCCAGCCGCCCCAUGACCUGCCCUCUGCGCAACGCAGGGCUGGACGCUCCCAGAACGAUGUCGUCGAGCCUGCGGCCACGGCAGUUUGAGUACCAUCCAACGGAGGCGCAUCUGAUGGUGUUUGGCACGCUGCACGGGGAUGUGGUGGUACUCAACCACGAGUCAGACCGCCUCGUGGGCCACGUGCAGUCCGUUGGUGCCCCACACUCCAUUCUUGGCCUCUGCUGGCUCAACAAACAUCCCAACAGGCUAAUAGGCGGGUGUGACAACGGGUCCAUCCAGCUGUACGACGUGGAGCGCAUGCGCGCCUGUCUCGUCGCUGCCAUCGGCCGCUCCGCUGCCGCCGCAGCCAGCACCAGCGGCGCCAGCAGCAGCGGCACAGGCAGCAGCGAUGGCAGCAGCGUGGGUGGCGGCAGUGCAAGUGCACUGACUGGCAGUGGCGGGCGAGGUGCCACCACAGCAGCAGCAGCAGCAGCAGCAGCAGCAGCAGCGGCAGUAGCACCGGCGGACUUGACCACCCCUCCGGCUGUGCUGGCAGCGCCAGCAGCUGGUGCAGGACGCACAGGAGGUCUGGUGUCAGACAGUCCGCUUGGUCUUGGUGGUUCUGCAAGUGGAAGCUCUCCUGUGACUCCUGGACGGUUGCGGCACCCUGCCAUCCACACAUAUGAUGAGUUUGAGCAGCUCACGUCCGUGCAUGUCAACUGCACUGAUGACCUCUUCCUCGCCAGCGGGUACUCGAACCACGUGGGGCUGUACGACCUGCACACGGGGCGGCGGCUGCACACGCUGCACAACCUGCACCGCGAGCACAUCAACGUGCUCAAGUUUGCCCACCACUCGCCGCACGUCUUCGCCACCUCCUCCUUCGACCGCCACGUCAAGCUCUGGGACGCGCGUCAGCGCAUCUCGUCCUCGUCUGGGGGCGGGUUCGGGGGGCUGUUUGCGCAGGGGCGGGAGAGCGUGCGGCCGAUUUACUCUGUGCGCAGUGACCGUGGCAAUGUGAUGGUGUGCUUCAGCCCUGAUGAUCAGUUCCUGCUGUCCUCUGCUGUUGACAAUGAGGUGCGGCAGCACAUAGCAGUGGAUGGUCGGCUGCAGCAGCGGUUUGAGAUAGCGGCGCUGGGCAGUGCGCACAACUACACGCGGUCCUACUACAUGAACGGGCGUGACUACAUUGUAUCAGGCAGCUGCGAGGAGAACGUGGUGCGCAUCUGCUGCGCUAAAACCGGUCGCCGCCUCCGCGACAUCCCCCUGGAGGGCAAGGGCGGCAAGAGCUCCCUCUACGUGCAAUCUCUGCGAGGAGACCCCUUCAGGGACUUCCAUCUGUCGGUGCUCGUGGCCUACAGCCAGCCCAACUCCCCCUCAGACAUUGUCAAGGUGAAUCUAGUGGCGGGUCCUCCGCACCGAAAGGGCCUAGACUUUCAGACUCGGCCGUUGGCGUCAGUGGGUGCGUAG